CAGAAGAAGAAGACAAACCGCCGAAGAAGAAGAAACGGAAGUCAUUUUGUAUUUUCGUUCGUUUAACAUGUUUCAGGUGUUCAGUUUAUUUAUGCCCGUCGCAGAGUUUUAAGGGUAACGUUUGUACUUUGCAUCGUUAGCGAGGAGGAACUUAUUAGCAGUGACAGCAUGAUGAACUAUUCCGACUAUGACUCUGAUGGAUAUUCGUCGAAUGAAGAUGCAGACUAUGUCCCAUCAGAUGAUAACCUCAGCGAGGAUGACAUAAAUGAGUGUGAGAAGGAGGACCCUCUUCAUGAGGAUGACAGUGUGCCCCAUUCUGAGCCCAUCAGCAAGAAAAAAAAGAAAAAGGACAUCAGUGUGAGAAAGAGAAAGAAGAGAUUACUGAAAGUAGACGACAACGAUGAAGAUGUUGGUGGAGCUAAAGAGGCGGAUAACCCACAAGAAGAAGUGAAAACACCCACUAAGGCAAAGGCUCAGGAUGAUGAAGCAAAACAGAAGAAAAAGUCAGAUGAACUUUGGGCCAGUUUCUUAUCUGACGUUGGAUCCAGACCCAAAGAGUCUGCACCACAGUCGGGUACCGCACAGAAGGAUGAUUCCACAGUUUCCAAGACUGUUUCUAUGGUGACUGAAACGAAGUCGUCAGGUCCUGCUAAAGUCACCAUCACCAAAGUUUUUGACUUUGCAGGCGAGGAGGUUCGGGUGAAUAAAGAGGUUUCAGCUGACUCCAGGGAAGCAAAGAGUUAUCUCAAGAGCCAGAGCAUCAAAGAGGACGAGAAGAGCGACAAAGAGAAGAUGUCAUCACCCUGCUCUCCACCACUCCCUGGUUCCAGUACUAAGCGUCCAGCAGGCAUGUCAAAUGUCCUAAGUCGUAUUGGGGGAAAGAAACAGAAAAUGAGUACAUUGGAAAAGUCAAAAAUGGACUGGGAUGCUUUUAAAUCUGAGGAGGGCAUCACCGAGGAGCUGGCUAUCCACAACAGAGGCAGAGAAGGGUAUGUGGAGCGGAAGAAUUUCUUGGAGCGUGUCGACCACCGCCAGUUUGAAUUGGAAAAGGCAGUACGGCUGAGCAAUAUGAAGCAAUGACACAGACUGACAACACACUUGCACAGAGAACAGCUUUUUUUUUUCUUUCCUGCAGCUCUCUUUCUUUCUCUAAUGAGACAGGUGCUGUUGUCCCUUUACAGUGAGCUCAAACUACUGUUCUCGCUCGAGUCUAUUUCAGGCCCGGUAUAUUAAUAGGCUCAGUUUGUAUGAAGGAGGGUUGCUGCGUGUGCUUCCAUCCUUGUGUAACCAAUAACGAAUCUCAGACCUUAACACUGCAUCCCUCCUGCUUCCUCAAGUGGCUGGUUUAAGACCUCAAGGACGGAUUAAAAACCACACUGGUUUAUUGUAAUUUUUCUUUUCUUUUUUCUUUUUUUUUCUUUUUUUUUUUUUGCAUAAUUUCUCUCUGUUAUUGAACUUUAAUACCACUCAGGAUCUGGGAACAUUACACCAUCUAUAGUGUAAAACCUGACAGGCCAAGAAGCACAAGGACUCAGACAAUCUGUCUGUCUUGUUAGGGUAGAGGCUGUAAUUAUGUAUCUUUGUUGGUGCCGACCAAAACCACAAACACAAUAAUUUUGUUUUCAGUGAGCUCAAAGCAGAGCCAUGCAGUAGUGGUAAUACUCACCAUAUUGAUGACUCCAAAAUAGCUGAAUCAUAAUAUGGUACGUUACAGCUGCUGUUUAUUAAAAGAAAAAAUGUUACUUCAUCCAUAAGACCGUUAAGUACCUCAGUCUGCUGGCUGAUUCACAGAUCAAAGUGUACUUCGUAGAAUUUUAGUAUUAGUAAUAGUAUUUUUUUGUUUGUGAUAAGCAAACGUAUCCGUUAGGUUCAGUGGACAAAUAGCUGCAACAGAAAGUGAGACUGAUUGGACGUUUCUGUGUUUCCUGGUCCUCGUGUGUGUGUGUGUGUGUGUGUGUGUGGUUGUACCUCUGGUGUUUUAUCAAUUAAGGAAAACCGUUUGAACUGUCUUAUUGCUUUCAUCAAUAGAAUCAGGAUAGUUUUGUGUUUAACAUUAUUCAGAUUAUCAUGAAAACAAAUCUGUAUUUUGCAGAGUUUGAAGCUCAUUAUAAAAACCACUGUGUACAGUUAGCAGUUUGUAGUGUUACUGAUUUACAAAAAAAGGCCUUAUUAUUAACACUGCAGACAUAUGACAUUUAAAUGUUCAAGAAAAAAUAGUUUGCACAUCACAUGUAAUGAUUCUGCACAUAUAGAUGAACAGAGUGAGUCUUUUCAGUAGAGAUGCACCGAUCAAUUGGCUGGUUUUCAGCUGAAUGGCGGUGACCGUGAAUGUGCGAGUUCUGCCUUUCCAAAAGUGUAGCUACUGCAUUCAACAACAACAAGUGCAGUUCUCCCACCCACAGCAGUGCACACACUCAAAUCAAAAUAAACAAGUCAUUUGGUUUCAUGCCAGUAUUUUUAAUGAACCAAAAUGUAGUAAUGAUUAAAUAAUAUGUGGUUGUCAGUGUA